AAAUACCACAUUAUAACGAAGACUAAUCUUGUUUAUAUCUGAUCAGUGUUCUGUUUGUUUUCCGUGGAAUUCAUUUGGUGUGCUUUCCUAUCCCUGUGCUAGAGCUAGCCAGUGUGAGCGCGCGCACGUCAGGAACACGCACAGGGUGGGAAUUAGCCAGUGGAACAGCUGAACUGCUGCGUGAUUUCCAGGAAAGUUCGAUACGCCCUUCUGGCGAGUUCCCUGUUAUACUGGCAAAUAGGGAAGUGUGAGGUAGACCAUUAUUUUUCACGGUUUAAACUACUCGUCUGGGCUUUUUGUGCGUUCCUGACUGAACCCAUGUGUUUAAUUUGUCUACAGCGUGGUUAGUUAAAUCGAUUUAUUUCAUUUUUACUUUACGGGCGAGGCAACGAACUGUCAGACAGUUACAGUCAAAAGGAUGUACAGGAUGUUUUCCACAUUUCUUCUUUGUCAGAUCAUCAUCACACUCAUCUGCCAAACACUUUGUUACGAACCCACAGAGAAGGACUUGAAGUGUUUCAAUGACUAUGAGACAGAAAUGAAGUGCAGUUUCGAGUCUGACGGCCUCAUAAGUUGCUCUGGAUACAAACUCAAUAUCACACGUAAUGAAGCAGAUGUGUUAAAAGAAUAUACAUGCAUCUUUGAGAGAAAUCAUCACAGUCCCAGUUGUGAAUGUAAAAUUGAAGUCCAAGGGUUUGUUAUAACAGAGAUAUUCACUACUACACUUCUGGAAGGAACAAACGUUUUAUCAAAUAAAAAAAUCAUGACAAUAGACUUCAUCAAACCGAAAACUCCAGUUUUAUCAAUGCAGAAGACUGAAAAUGGAAAUUUUAAUGUAACUUGGGAUGACAAGUACACAAGUUAUUCUACAGGACAUUUUGUAGACAGUUUGGAAAUACAUCUGAGCUAUAAGAUUAAAGGAGAAGAUGAAACAUUCUCCAAAAAGGUGUCAAAUUCAGUGGGAUUCUUUGAGAUUGUGGGCAUAAAUCUCCCGCCAAACACCGACUACAUUCUGACAGCAAGAAUGAGCACAAACUAUAAUGAACACAAGAUACUGAGUGACCAGAGCGCACCAGUUGAGUUCACCAGCCCCUCAUCUCCAAAUGAUAUAGUCAGAACGGUGGUUCCACCUCUGUGUGUUGGUUUAGUCCUCAUCAUUUGUGCUAUCUUCAUCUGCGUUUUGAGGAUGAAGAAAAAAUGGUGGGACAAGAUCUCCAAGCCAAAAGUAGAUGCCAGUUUUGGAGAAGAGAAGGGUCAUAUUUUGCCUCCUUCCAUUAUGAACUUCUCCACAAUCCAUGUAGAGAUUCCAAAACUGGACUUUCAGGAGGAAAAGAAAUUGAUCUCAGCGUCAUCAGUAGAUACAACCAACGAGAAAAGUUCCCACAGUGUUGAGUCGGCGGCAGACGAUUACGGCCAGGCCGGCUUUGAUUCUGGUAGUGACAAGGAGAAUUGCAGUUCGGUCAACGUCUUAUCACACGUCAAACAUGCCCUGGAUGAGGAUUUAAAAUCCCUUCUUUUUACCAGCAACACACCCAGCAAUCAGGGCACUAUAAUGGAAGUCAAGAGUGUUGGUAUCAGUUCCUCAAGAGAAAACAACCGUGCAAACCGAGAUUCGGGCAACUGCUCUGGCUCAUCGGUUUUUAGCAACAUGACAUAUUUGGAAUCGGCCACUGAUGAUUCUUCAUUCCUGGAGCAGCCGACUUGGGAUCAUUCCUGUCAGUCCGACAAGAAUGAGGUUUUUAGCUGUGAAAACUCAGCUAUGAGCGCUGAUAUCAGCAAGAGCCAGUUUAACUUUCCCACUACAGAUGCUUUGGAAGACGGAUAUCAGUGCUUCAACAGUGUUGUGAACCAGGGAAAUGAUGCAGAUGUUUGUUUGAACCGUUCAGACGAUGUUGAUUGUGAUGAAAAGUUCAUCGUGAAAAAUCUCAUCACUAGUAAAAAUCCACUUUAUCCUUCUCUGUUGCUCCAUGAUGGCAGCGUCACACCUAGUGAUGAUGGAUAUCAAGCUUUUGAAGGCUUAACAAAGAGCACAGAAGGACAGUGGAGCACGAGCACCAGAACCGAACAAGCUCUUGAUGAAUGUGGAGCGCUGAAAUUCCCCCACAGCACUGGCCAAGAUCCCACAUCAACAGUGCAGCAAAGUUUGUGGGCCUCUUCUUUGCAUUUCUCACCCAUUAUUCAAAUAGACACUUCCUAUCAGUCUGUUUAGCUGUGCUGUACACAACUGAAACAUUGAAUUAUCUCUGUAUGUAACCUCUACAGUUACAAAGAAAUAUGGCCAGUAAUAAGAUCUAUGCAAAUGUUCAUUGUUUGUGUAGACUCGAAUUCAAGACCUUCAAUUUAGGUUUCACUGUUUCUACACAAAGACUUUGAGCAGUGCCUAAAAUGCUCGAAGAGGUCAUCAUGGAUUACUAUUCUUGUCUUGACAUUCAUUUUUCUUUAUUAUUGUACAGAAUUUCACACACAAUGCCAAAUGUGACCCUGAGUCACAUUUGCAAAUGCAAAUUUUAAAGGCAUGAUAACAAGGCUAAGACGGUUCUUUUCAUUCUGUGCCAUUAAAACAAAUGAUAGGUAUUUGCUUAUUCAUCUGUACAGUUACAAUAAAUCAUUCCUUUGAAAGUAUCACCAAUAAUAGGAAACUUUAGGUUUAAUAAUUAAAGUUUUGUAUCGCUAAAAAGGCAUUUCUAAGCAUAUAUUUGAUAUCUCAGUCUGUGAAAGAAGGAUUUUUCUUUUGUGCAUUGUUUUUUUUUUUUUUUCUUUUACAAAAACAAGAAAUAGUCUGUAUAUAUGAUAUAUUUAGAUAUAGAUAACACUGUUAUGUUUUGUUUUAAAAUCUUAAACAGGAAAAAACUUAGCUUGGACAGUUCAUAGACAGUACUUGUCAGCCUGUUUAACAAUACUGUCAAACAAAUGAUAGACACGCUUAAAACUUACAUUAUAUUUGUAUGUAGUCUUAUGUAGUUGUUCUGUAUGCCAUUUUGUUUUAACAUACAAACUAAAGCACGCUAAACAUUCUAAAUAAGAGCAAUGUAAAUACACUGCUAUGUUUAUACUUUUCUAAAGUAAAACCUCAGAAUGGUGAAA